GUUUGUUUCAUGCUGUUCACUGUUCUUCUUUCUCAGGAGAGACCUUCUGUAAUAAAGUUGUUACCGAUUAAAAAGCGACCUGUUUGAGUCAUUCUUUGCCUCGAAACAUGUUUAAAAAGUUUGAUGACAAGGAGAAUGUGGGGAACGUGAACAUUGCCAAGUCUUCUGUUCUGAAGGGAAUCCGGUCACAGAUCUUAGAUCAGUUCCAUCAUGUGGAGUCCUACCUGGACCAGAUACUGCCCAAGAAGGAACCGCUCAAGAUUGUCAAAUGUGUGUUGUAUUUCCCCAGCCAUGAGCAUAUAGAACUGCUGUGCUCUCAGUCGGGAGAGAUCCUGUUCUUCAGACAGAGAGAUGGCCCCCUCUUCCCCACCCUUAAGUUGCUGCACAAAUACCCAUUUAUCCUGCCCCACAUGCAGGUGGACAAGGGAGCCAUCCGGUUUGUACUGAGUGGGGCCAACAUCAUGUGUCCUGGCCUGACCUCUCCAGGAGCUCGGAUGACCAACGUGGACAAAGACCAAAUUGUUGCUAUCAUGGCUGAAGGCAAGCAGCAUGCUCUGGCCAUCGGACAGACUAAGAUGAGCACAGAGGAAAUAGUGACGAAGAACAAGGGUGUUGGUGUGGACAAUAUUCACUUCCUCAAUGAUGGUCUUUGGCUCAUGAAGACAGUCAAGUAGCAUCAGUUUACUCUAGGCUGGUCCUGUGUGGGUUUAUGAGUGUGUGUGUGUGUGCGAGUGCUUGUGUAGCUGAUCUUGUGAGUGUAUAGUACCCUCUGCUAGCUUUGCGACAGGGUGUGGGUGUGUAUUUAACUGGCCCUGUGUAUUGUAAAGUGCUCUCUGCUCAUCCAGUGUGUGCCUGUGUGUGAGUGUGUGUGUACUGUGUGUUAGUCAGUGUUGUUCUUCACUACGCCUAGAUAUUCCUGUGUGUGUGUUUGCGUGCAUACGAGAGUGUCAAAAGUUGCUUUGAGAUUGGUUGUAAUAAACUUUUUUGAAAAUCA